AUGGAAAAUAUUUUGAAAUAUGCGCAUAUAUAUAAUGUAGAAGAUGUGUUAAGAGCAAUAAAAGUAGAUGAAAAUCGUGGUUUAUCCGAAAAUGAAAUAAGAAAAAGAAUAAUGCAAUAUGGAUUUAAUGAGUUGGAAAUAGAGAAAAAAAAAGGAAUUUUGGAAUUAAUAUUAAAUCAAUUUGAUGAUUUGUUAGUAAAAAUAUUACUUUUAGCAGCUUUUGUUAGUUUUGCAUUAACAUUAUUAGAUAUGAAAGAUAAUGAAGUAGCUUUAUGUGAUUUCAUAGAGCCCGUUGUUAUAUUAAUGAUACUUAUAUUGAAUGCAGCAGUUGGGGUAUGGCAAGAAUGUAAUGCAGAAAAAUCUUUAGAAGCAUUGAAACAGUUACAACCAACAAAAGCAAAAGUAUUAAGAGAUGGGAAAUGGGAAAUUAUAGAUAGCAAGUAUUUAACAGUUGGUGAUAUAAUUGAAUUGAGCGUUGGAAAUAAAACACCAGCAGAUGCUCGAAUAAUUAAAAUAUUUUCAACAAGCAUUAAAGCGGAACAAAGUAUGUUAACUGGUGAAUCAUGUUCUGUUGAUAAAUAUGUAGAAAAGUUAGAUGCAUCAUUAAAAAAUUGUGAAAUUCAAUUAAAAAAAAAUAUAUUAUUUUCCUCUACAGCUAUAGUAGCAGGUAGAUGUACAGCUGUUGUAAUUAAAAUUGGUAUGAAAACUGAAAUUGGUAAUAUACAGCAUGCAGUUAUAGAAUCUAACAAUGAAGAAACAGAUACACCAUUGCAAAUAAAAAUAGAUUCAUUCGGAAAACAAUUAUCAAAAAUUAUAUUUAUUAUUUGUGUAACUGUUUGGAUUAUUAAUUUUAAACAUUUUUCUGAUCCAGUUCACGAAUCAUUUUUAUAUGGAUGUUUAUAUUAUUUCAAAAUAAGUGUAGCAUUAGCAGUUGCUGCAAUUCCUGAAGGUUUACCAGCAGUUAUAACUACUUGUUUAGCUUUAGGAACACGUAGAAUGGUUAAGAAAAAUGCUAUUGUUAGAAAAUUGCAAAGUGUUGAAACAUUAGGAUGUACUACUGUUAUAUGUUCGGAUAAAACUGGAACUUUAACAACAAACCAAAUGACAGCUACUGUUUUUCAUAUAUUUAGAGAAUCAAAUACAUUAAAAGAAUAUCAAUUAUGUCAAAGAGGGGAUACAUUUUUUUUUUAUGAAACAAAUACAAAUAAAGAUGAUGAAAAUGAUUCAUUUUUUAAAAAAUUAAAAGAAGUACCAAAUAAUGAAUAUAGUUAUAAAAAAAAAAUAAGUAAAAAUAUAAUAGAUAAUGAUGAAGAUGAUACAGAUUAUGAAAAAGAACCAUUAAUAAAUAUGAAAUCAAAUGUUAAUACAAUAAUAAGUAGAGGAAGUAAAAUUAUAGAUGAUAAAAUAAAUAAAUAUAGUUAUUCAGAUUUUGAUUAUCAUUUUUAUAUGUGUUUAUGUAAUUGUAAUGAAGCUAGUAUUUUAUGUAAUAUGAACAAUAAAAUUGUUAAAACAUUUGGAGAUAGUACAGAAUUGGCUUUACUUCAUUUUGUUCAUAAUUUUAAUAUAAUUCCUAAUAAUACAAAAAAUAAUAAAAUGGCAGCUGAAUAUGAAAAAAUAAACAGUAUAAGCAAAAAAAAUAGUGAUAUAAAUAUUGAUUAUGAUUCUUCUAUAUAUAGAAAUGAUAAAAAAACAAAAAUUUCUGACAAAAAAUCAGAACCAACAUUCCCAAGUGAAUGUGUAUCUGCAUGGAGAGAUGAAUGUACAAUUAUGAGAAUUAUUGAAUUUACCCGUGAACGUAAAUUAAUGAGUGUAAUUGUAGAAAAUAAUAAAAAUGAAUAUAUUUUAUAUUGUAAAGGUGCCCCAGAAAAUAUUAUAAAUAGAUGUAAAUAUUAUAUGUCAAAAAAUGAUAUACGUCCAUUAACUGAUUCUUUGAAAAAUGAAAUUCUAAAUAAAAUAAAAAAUAUGGGAAAAAGAGCUUUAAGAACUUUAAGUUUUGCAUAUAAAAAAGUUAAAGCCAAUGAUAUUAAUAUAAAAGAUGCUGAGGAUUAUUAUAAAUUGGAAUAUGAUUUAAUAUAUAUAGGGGGAUUAGGAAUAAUAGACCCUCCAAGAAAAUAUGUAGGAAAAGCUAUUAGUUUAUGUCAUUUAGCAGGUAUUCGAGUUUUUAUGAUAACAGGCGAUAAUAUCGAUACCGCUAAAGCUAUUGCUAAAGAAAUUAAUAUAUUGAAUAAUGAUGAUACAGAUAAAUAUAGUUGUUGUUUUAAUGGACGCGAAUUUGAAGAGUUACCUUUAGAAAAACAAAAAUAUAUUUUAAAAAAUUAUCAGCAAAUAGUAUUCUGUAGAACUGAACCAAAACAUAAAAAAAAUAUUGUUAAAAUUUUAAAAGAUUUAGGAGAAACAGUUGCUAUGACAGGUGAUGGUGUAAAUGAUGCACCUGCUCUCAAAUCUGCUGACAUAGGUAUUGCCAUGGGUAUAAAUGGAACUCAAGUUGCUAAAGAAGCUUCAGAUAUAGUUUUAGCUGAUGAUAAUUUUAAUACUAUUGUUGAAGCUAUUAAAGAAGGUCGAUGUAUAUAUAACAACAUGAAAGCUUUUAUACGAUAUCUUAUAAGUAGUAAUAUUGGAGAAGUCGCUUCUAUUUUCAUUACUGCUAUUCUGGGUAUACCCGAUAGUUUGGCUCCCGUCCAGUUGCUUUGGGUUAAUUUAGUGACAGAUGGUUUGCCCGCCACUGCUCUCGGAUUCAACCCCCCCGAGCACGAUGUAAUGAAAUGCAAGCCCAGGCACAGAAACGACAACUUAAUAAAUGGAUUAACACUCCUUAGAUAUAUAAUCAUAGGCACAUAUGUCGGAAUAGCUACUGUAUCAAUCUUUAUAUACUGGUUUGUGUUUUACCCAGACAUAGAUAACCAUACUUUGAUAAAUUUCUAUCAACUUUCUCAUUACAAUCAAUGUAAAACAUGGUCAAAUUUCAAAGUAAAUAAAAUAUAUGGUAUGUCUGAGGAUUUAUGUUCUUAUUUUUCUGCUGGAAAAGUUAAGGCAAGUACAUUAUCAUUAUCUGUUUUAGUUUUAAUUGAAAUGUUUAAUGCGUUAAAUGCACUAAGCGAAUAUAACUCCUUAUUUGUAUUACCACCUUGGCGAAAUAUGUAUUUAGUAUUUGCAACAAUUGGAUCUCUAUUUCUUCAUUGUUUAAUAAUAUAUUUCCCACCAUUAGCUGGUAUAUUUGGAGUUGUACCACUGACAUUACAUGAUUGGUUUUUAGUAUUUUUGUGGUCAUUUCCUGUAAUUAUAAUUGAUGAAGUUAUAAAAUUUUACGCAAAAAAACAACUAAAUAAGGAACUUGGAUAUGGUCAAAAAUUAAAGACACAAUAA